CGCCUGUGUGCGCGGCGCGGCGGGCCCUGACCAGCGCGGCCGGGCGGCCUGCGGUGCUGCCCCUGCGUGGGGUGCCCGCCCUGGCGCCCAGCCGCGGUGCUUUCCUGCGGACUCUGGCGGCCCGGUGCCCGGACGCCAUCCCGUGCCCCUGCUCCGCAGUAACUGAGCGAUGCUUCAACCCCGGACGUGGCUGUUGGGGACGGAUCGAAGAGCUUAACGCGGGAGGUGCGUCAGGCCCCGCGAUCCGAAGUGCCGGUGGUCUUGGAGCUGUUUGCGGCCCUCGGGCUGAGUGCUGAGCUGCCCCUCCGGGCGGGGAUGGAGGUUUGUGGGGCUCCCCGUGCCCCCGGGGCUCCCCGUGCAGUUAUCGUGUGCGAAUGGCAACAGAGAAGAGCCAGAGCUGCCUCACCCCUGGAAAUCACCACUUCAAAGCAGCGCUGGAGCGUUGUCAGCCUCCUCAGGCAGUUUGGAAGAUUCCUUUUUAUUAUUUUUAAAAAAGCAUCAGUCGCACCUCCUCCUCACACCUCCUCCCGCUGCUGCCACUGAAAAUAAACGUGGGGGUGACAAUAUCUGUGAGGAAACCCAGCUGUCCUGGGCUGACCCUCGUUUUGGGGAUGCCUGGCAGGGGUUCCCAGGGGCGCCCAGGGAAGCCUUCUGCUCCUUGCCUCUUCCAUCACGCUCAUCUUGAACAGCCCCUCACACCAGCACCCAGCUGGGUCUGUGGUGUCACGGUGUGGGAUUUUCUUUUGCAGGGCUCCAGGCCGUGUGUGUGGGCACCGCGGGGCUGGUGGGGGUGUGCAGCAGUGUAUGGCAUCCCCCAGUGAUAGCGAGCGCUUAUCAACCUGCACCAAAGCACGUUGUGCAAGUAAAGAUAACAGGGAUGCUGUGUGUGGCAGACAGCCCUGUUUGGACAGGGAAGGCCGGGAGGAGAGCUGGAAGGUGGCUCGCACUCGGUUUGUUGCCAUGAGGACAAAGUCUCAGGGUAGUAGCUGUGUGCUGCUGCCUUCUGCCUUGGGUUGUGUGUGCUGUUGAUAUCAAUGGGUGCUUGUGGGCAUGAGUGGCAGUGCUGUGACUCAGGCUGCUUUUGGUGGCUGUUUGUCCCAGUUUGCCUGUUACUUGGAGCUCAGAGCCUCUCUAUUCCAUCAUCUCAGGUACCUGCAGGUUAGGUGUAAGUCAGGUUCGGUGCAUGUGAUCUGGCUGUGACAGUGACGUGGCAGCUUUUGUUGGUGCCCGUGGCACGAGGGGUAAAAGCUUGUGAGAACAGAGUGAUCAAAUGGCAGCGGUCAUGGGGAACUUAAAAAGGCAUUACCAAACUCUGCUCAAAAAAUGUCCUUGCCCCUGGAUUGUCUGCUGAAGGACUGUCAAUCACAGCACGCUGUGGGGCUGCUCCUGCCCUUCCCCUCUGGCUGCUCCUUGGGAGCAGGAGUGGGGCUGCUGUGCCGUGCUGAGCUAUGCCAUGCUCAGCCCUGUGGAUCUGCAGGACUGCAACACUCAAGCACUACCAGAGCAAAUCCCCCUUACCCCUACCUCACCUGCUGUGGGUGCUUUGCCGGUGUGGACCCUGAGUGGCUGCUGGUGUGAAGACGGCUGCUGCUGGGCUGAGUUCCACGUACAGUCAGGACAGAAGAUCAACCGACAAUUUGUUUAUUCAGCCAUUCAUUUGGUGUGGUGUAACUUGAGAAAGUUUGGAUCUGGUCAGUUGAGACACUUUGUUUAAAUUUCAAACUGCUUUUUUUUUUAAAGCUUCUUUUGAACAUCCGUGCUGUUAGCUGUCCCUGACGCAUGUAUUAACCACCAAAACGCACUGACUUUUCAACUGGAAAAUGUUAAAACAAGGCUUUUGAUUAACUUCGCAUUUUGGGAAUGGGCUAAGAGGUGCCAGGAGGCCCUGCAGAGCCUUUCCUUGAAACCAUCAACCUUUAAAAAAACCAGAAACUAACGUCCCAAGCAGCUGUGAUCAGUGCCAAAGCCAUUGCUGUCCUUCAAGCACUGCCCACUCCAGGGCUUCGUGGUCUGGCUCUGGCAGUGCCGGGGGAGAUGUGGUGGUGCCCCCUCCCUGGUGCUGCCUUUGAUGCUGGUGAGUGGCAGGUCCAUUGUGGCCCCUUUGUGCCCUCCUCAGUUCUCCUAGCCCGCACAAAACCUGCCAUGGAAACCAAACCCGGCCGCUGUCCCAGGAAACCCGGAGGUGCAAUUAGGAAAUGCAAAUAUGAAUGCAAAUUCCUUCACUGCCUUCAUCCCAGGGCCACCAGCCAGUGUCCUUGCCUGUGGGCACCAGGAGGAGGAUGGGGCAGAGGUCUGGGGUAGUGCUGGUGGCCGUGGGGCACCUUUGGCCUCUUCUCCCCCUUCCUCAAGGCUUCCCCAGCAUCUUGGGGAAAGAAUGGGGCAUUUCAGCCAGCUGGGAGCAGUGACUCAUAGGUGACAAUGUGAUAUUGAUUUUUUUUUUUCCAUCCUCUCUUGGUUGCCCAGCGACAAACAAACAAACAAGUAUCUUAAAAUCCAAGCCAGCAGGAAGGGAGAAGCCCUGGUGGCUUCCCAGUGCCAUGCUGCCAUGUCCGUGCUGUGGGCAGGAUGCAUGGCCAGGGUGCUGUGCAGAGCUGCUGCUCCAUAGCCUGUCAUGCUGCUGGGCUGGUAGCCACUGGGGCAGCACCAUGGAGAUUUUGCCAUCUGUGGGACUGAACCUGGGAGCUGCCCUCGUUGGUACUGGUGACAAUCCCACAGUGUGUUUGGCUGCAAAUGGUACUGCUCUCCUGUCUGGGUCCAGACCGGGUGGAUUUUGUUGACAUCUGGAAGUAUUUUACAUAAAUGAAGCUGCUUCCUUUGCCCUGAAGGAGUUCACCCAGCGCUUUGCUGUGCCCCAUGGGUGCCUGACUGCACUCCCAUGUCUCUCCGACACCCAGUGCUUCCUCCCAGCCCUGUUCCAUUGAGUUGCUGGAAAAUGAGCUCCAGAUCCUGGAGGUGGCAUUUCUUCCUUCUCCUGACAUCUCGUCCAUCCCUGCCCUCGCCUACAUCCAUGGGGCAGUAGUAGGGUAGUGAGGGAAAAAGGGUGGAUUGUCUAUAGAAAAUGGAGCAGGGCACACCUGUGGCUCACUCACUGUGAUGUUCCAACCCUGACCUGAUCUUAGUGUUUGACUCAGUUACAGAGCCCAUUCUAACAGUGUUUUCUCUCUCCCUCUCUGUUUCCAGGCGGCAGUGGAGCUCUGGCACGAGGACAGCGUGCACAGGAGGUCCGGAGCUCAGCGGGAGUGCUGCAAGGUGCUGGGAUGCUGCAGCGUGCCGGGGGCUGACGUGUGGAGCUCUGGCUGUGGGGAGCAGUGCCCCCGCCGCCCACCCAUGCUCCCGGCCGGCAGCCGGGGCCUUGCCCCGUGACGAGGUGCCCACCUCACCAGCACCGCCGCCAUGACGAGCCUCUUUCGGCGCAGCAGCAGCAAUGGCGGCUCACGCGGCGGCUCCUCGGCGCAGGAGCUCAACAACAGCCGCCCUGCCAGGCAGGUGCGCCGGCUGGAGUUCAACCAGGCCAUGGAGGACUUCAAGACCAUGUUCCCCAAUAUGGACUAUGACAUCAUUGAGUGCGUUUUGAGGGCCAACAACGGUGCCGUGGAUGCCACCAUCGACCAGCUCCUCCAGAUGAACCUGGAUGGCAGCGGCUGUGAGGACAGCUCGGACUCGGAGGACAGCAUUCCCCCUGAGAUCCUUGAGCGCACCCUGGAGCCAGACAGCUCGGAUGAGGAGCCUCCCCCAGUGUACUCCCCCCCAGCCUAUGAGAGCCAGGUGCUGAGCAGUCCACAUGCACCUCCCACCCCCCCACCCAGGACAGAUGUGCCGGGGCCUGGCCGCUACAGGAACUGGAACCCACCACUGCUGGGCAACCUCCCUGAGGACUUCCUGCGUAUCCUACCCCAGCAAGCUGCCUGCACACAGGGCUCUUCUGGAUGCCGGCAGCCUGUGCCACGGAGCCAGGGCUCCCUGGAGCAGGAGAGGAGGUGGAAGCAGUACCUGGAGGAUGAGCGGAUUGCGCUCUUCCUGCAGAACGAGGAGUUCAUGAAGGAGCUGCAAAGGAACCGGGACUUCCUCCUUGCCCUGGAGAGAGAUCGACUAAAAUACGAGUCAAAAAAAUCCAAGUCGACCAGUGCUGCUGUCAGCAAUGAUUUCUGUUUCUCCUCCAUAAUACCAGGUGAUGUAGCCCCUCCUGGAACCAGCGAGGCCAGCAGUGCUGUGUCUGACGAUGCCUUAUUCAGAGACAAACUGAAACACAUGGGAAAAUCAACGCGCAAGAAGCUGUUUGAACUCGCCAGAGCCUUCUCCGAGAAGACGAAGAUGAGGAAGUCAAAAAGAAAACACUUGUUGAAGCACCAGGUGCUGGGGACAGCUGCAUCCACAGCAAAUCUUCUUGAUGACGUUGAAGGACACUCAUGUGAUGAAGAUUUUCAAGCACGGCGGCAGCAGCUCCGGGAAGAGGAGGAGACACUGAAGGAAGGGCAAUAAAUGGUGAGGGCUGUGGUGCUGUGGCUGGUGACAGCUCCAGCGCCGUGAUGGGACAGUGCUGGCCGUGGUGCAGCUGAGGCUGAGCACACACUGUUCUUCCUCCUCCUGGUCUCCUCCCCUCCAGGUCCCAGCGCUGGGGUUUAUUGCUGGCACAGAAUGUGCAAAGGGCUUAAGAAGAAGAUGGCUGAAAAAAGGAAAAAAACAAACACCCACUGACAAAUAACCCAGUUUUUUGGCUGUUCCCCCUCUGCUGUUGUACUCCUCUGAAGUACAAACGUUGAAGUGAGGCACAAAGUUUCUUCUCAGAGGUUUGAAAACAACAACUCCUAUCUAGCAAAUCAGCCAAAAAAAGGAGAGAAAAGGAAACAGCUGGCAGCUGGUGUGAGCUGUGGCAUUGGAGCUGGUGGGUCUGGGACUCAGGGAGGAGCCGUCCCUCCUAUGCGUGGGAUCCACACAGUGCUGCCAGAAGAGUGCACAUGGGCUGUGCUGAGGGGAUGCCCCGGCUGUGGGAGCUGCCUGGCGGAGCAUCCCUGUGCAUAUCUCUGGUGAUCUGAUGUAAUUUUCCUCUGUGCACGCAGGAAAAGAAAACACACAAGAAAGAAACUAAAAACUGUCGUCUACUAUUGCUAGGAGUAAAAAGCAGAGAUUCAGAUCAGGUAAUAGUGAAAUAAUAUAAGUUGUUUAUAAAAGGAAAGGCCUUCUUUUCCAAGGCAUUUCCCUUUGCAUUAAAUCUUUGCCUUUGGCAUCGCUCAAACUGCCUUGAAGUUGGACCCUCACUGCCUUGCUCCCUGUGGGGCAGCACCAAGGGCUGGAUCUGCACUGGUGCAGCGGCCGGGCCAGGACAUGUCCUGUUGGGUGCAGUGCUCCAGUAGUGUUUCCAGGGCCGGGCAGGGACAUCCACUGCCAUUGAUAAGGUGCAGAUUUGGGGUUUGCAGCUGGGGCUGGUGGUGAUGUUUUUGACACAAUGAGCCGGUGUGGGGCAGGAGAAGCUCUCCCAGCCUUGGGGAUCGUUUUUCCAGGAGAGUGCAGGGGCAGCGGGGAAGCAGCGCUUGGAUCUCUGCAGCAUCCUGAGAUGCUGUCAGGCUAAAAAUAAUUACGUAAACAAAUUCCUUCCUUGUGUAAGUAACGAGUGACGAGCACUAAGUCAGAAUUCGCUCCCGCCAGCACAUUUUCUUUAUCAGCAUAAUCUGUUUACUGCUCAAUCAGGAGGUGGCUGCAGACAUGCCUGUUCUGCUUUCUGGCUCCUGUGAACCAGCACAAAUGUUUUAAGAUUUGUGCUGCGAAGGCGGCAGACGCAGAAUCUCAUCCACCAGACAUGCACGCAACUGCCGUCCCUGCCUCUCUGUGGGAUUGCUAACAAAGCCCACAUUGCUCUGGCUCCUGGCGGGCUCCUCCCAAAUCCUCCCUGCAUCCCCUUUGAAGUGGAUGCCAACAUUUUUCCCCACAGCCACAGUGCACCUGUUGAGUGCUGCCACGGAGCUGAGUGAUGCAGGGAACCACCUGCCAUCAGUGCUGCUGUGAGCUGCUUGCACCACGGUUGGAGCUCCUCGAAGGAGCUGCCCUCAGGUCUGAGCCCAGCUUUGAUUCUGCUCCUUUUUAAGGAAGGGGCAAUGGUGUCCCCUUUGAAGUGGGGGCUGCAGCAGUGCCACACCGCACUGGCCUUAUCCCCAAGGUGACUUUAGGUGGUGGGAAUGGGGUGCAGGGAGGUACUGGGGAGGCACUGCUGCUCUGAGUAGGGUCAGCAUCUGGAGAGGUGCAUGUCCCACAUGGCACGGGGCAAGGCGUGAAGCUGUGGCUUUGCUGCUGGAGCAGGAGCUGGGGGCUGCUACCCCCAGCCUGAGGCUGGCUCUCAGAUAGAGGAAGGACACCACUGCUCCCUCCCAACCCAAAGCAGUGCUGUGUAGUUGGAAAAAAACCAAGCUUGGAAUUGGAUCAGCUUUUAAACAUUCCAGUACUUCUGAGCUACCAAGGGCUUAACUCGCAGCAAAGUUUUCAUGCAUGCAGGAAGCACAGACAGGCAGUGCAGCAGGGGCUCCUGUGGGCUGUGAGCUGCUGUCCCAGCGGCUGCGGCUGCUCUGGGGUCAGGGAUGUGCUCUAACAACGUGCCCUGAGCUGUCCCAGCCUGUGCUGCGCAGCUCUGAGUGAUGUCACUGCGGCCAUUUUAAAAUACCUUGGAGGCACAAAACAUCAUUUCAAUGGACGAUGAAGAGCGGCUAUUUUUAUCUCCUUUAAAACAACAGUGAAUCAGGUCUAACAAGCAGAAAGGCCCCUACAACCAGCUUGGGAGCCAAAAUGAAUUUCUUGCAUAAAGCUAUACAGUUCUCAGUGACGUUUCUAUCACUUCUGUACGAAAUGUUUUAAAAAGAACAACAGAAGUCUGUGGUGUGUGUGAAUGUUGCUCUUUUAGAAUUUAUUUCCAUAAGUGAUUUUUUUUUUCUUAAAGAUGUUUAAUAGUAAUUCAUAUAAUAAAGUCCUGUUGUACUCUUAACACUGCAGCACUUUGCUUUUAGCUGCUGUUAUUUUACAGGGGGAGAAAAGAAGAAAUCAGGGCGGGGAGGGGCCUGCCCUGUCCUGGAACAGCUGCAGCACUCCUGAAUUCUGCUCUCUGUGAGCAGGGGUUUUGUUUCAGAACUGUGUUUUUAAAAAAACUGUGCCCAGGAGAAGCCCAGAACUAAAAACUGUGGUAGAAUCACGGUGAUACUGGAGGUGCUUCAGGGCAGCACCUCCGUGCACAUGCUCUAGGAGCGUAGCGGGGUAACAACUGCUCCUGGGACCCAUUUCA